AUGUUCACACGCCGGCUGUUCUUCACGGCCGAGAUGGAGCCAACCAGGUCUCUCGUUCGUUGUGUUGUCCAUGUGAAAGAUAUAUAUAUCCACCGAGCAGAGCGCUGGGGGACCUGGUCGCAUCCCAAGCGGGCUCGAAAGCAGAUCCCCACGUUCGCACAGCGUACGCCGUCCUCGAGCCAGCGCGAGCCAGCAUCGUCGGCCCUGAGACGGGUGUUUGAGCCGCCAUCCACCGCUACCGCUGCUGCUGCUACUGCCAGCUCGAAGCCGCCGCCCCUCCGCGAGAGCCAGCAGCAACGCCAGAACAAGUCGGCCUCUGCGCCGCGGCCUCGCACUGCCAGAGCUCCCAUCCCGCAUUUCCGUACCUAUAGCCACACGCAGAGCAGCGCGGCGAAGUCGAAGGCGGCCGUGGCCCCGGAGCCAGAGGACGAGGAUGCCCUGGCGAUAGCGCGCAUCCACGCCUGGCUGGACAAGGUCGACGACGAGCAGAUUGCGGCCGAGGUAGAGGCAGAGCGACGAGCCAAAGCCCGCCGGGUCUGCGAAGAGCGGCCAGCAGAGCAGCCGACCAGGGAGGCUGCAGCUGAAGCCGUCCAAAGUGCGCCUGGAGCUGGUGAUGUUGCGGUUGACGUCGAGGCCGACGUUGAAGUUCCGAAAACUCCCAAGGCUCCCAAGACGCCCAAGACGCCCACGAGAACCCGCCGCCUGGACCUGGAUGCCGACGUCCCCCGCGUCGACAGCGGCUGGGGCGCCGCAAGCCCAGCGAGCAUCGGCAUGGCGUUCAUGACGCCGCGGACGAUUCCUCGCAUCGAAGAAGACGACGCCGUCUGGGAGAUGCUCAGCCCGAAUGUGACGCCGUUCCGCAAGGGCAGAGGCCCGAAACGCACCCGCCGGCGCAGCUACUACGACGAAGACAUCUGGCCGAGUGCCUACAACUCGCCGCGGUCUCUCGCUCAGCCAGUCCAUUGA